GCAUUGGGGGCCUUGUUGAUGACAAAGUUCAAUACUGCAUGUCUCGUUGUACGCUUUCCAGGCUCCAAGCCUUUCAGCUUCCCUCAGGUAUGCGGAAAUAAUGUGAUGGGGGCGCAGCGGCAGAUGUUUUGAAGAUCUCCAUGCUGUGAAGCUGUAGCGCAAAGUGCUGAGCGAACAUUCCAAAGUCCAAACGGUCUCCUGCUCUGCCAGGCCCGACAUGUUGUUUUCUGAUGGCGUUUUACCUCGAACUUCUCAUCUGAAUCACAACAAAGCACAAACCUCGGAAACAAGCUCCCGUUAUCCAUUUGCAUGGGAGCCCAUCCUUACGGAAGGAAUGAAUCCAUCGCCAUGAUUCGCAUAGGCACGCACAAGGUCCGGACAGGCUGCAUCACCUGCAAACGCCGACACGUCAAGUGCGACGAAGGCCGCCCUCGAUGCGCCCGGUGCAUCAAAGCAGGCCGAGCAUGCGAAGGCUACGCAAAUAGUCCAGGAUCCGGCGAGCCCUUCAAAUUCGUAGUCUACACCCCACACGGUGGCAGCCACUUACUCUCUGGCGAUCCCGAUCUCGAUUGGUCAGAACGCCGCUCGCUGUCCUACUUUCAGGAUCGCACCGCUCUGGAGCUGGCAGGCGGCUUCCACACGGACUUCUGGCUAUCCAGCAUUUUGCCGUUGGCACAACACGAGGUCUCGGUGCGGCACGCGCUGAUCGCCCUGAGUAGCAUGCACGAGCACUACGCCGGGGUCGAUCACUUUGCGCCCACACGCGGGAUUAACUUUGCGCUAGAUCAUUACGGCAAGGCUAUACGAGAAGUCGUACGGCUCAACCGGUCACCAGGCGGCCAGAACUUUGAUUCAGCGCUGGUCACGAGUGCCCUGUUCUCCGCCUUCGAGAGUCUCCAGGGCCACUAUCAUACCGCGUGCAACCAUGCCAUCUCCGGCAUGAAGAUGCUUGCCGAGGAGCAGCGCAGCAUCGGCCUAGUCGGACCCAGACAUGCGCGUGUACCUCGAGAUGAACUUGUACGCUUCUUCACCGCGACGGGCCGCCAGAUCCUCGAACUGGGAGAUCCGAACUUCCAUGGUCCAAGACCGGCGUUGAUGCAGGGCCGUCCAUCUAUGCCCGAUAAGUUCACUUCGUUCGAACAGGCCAUGUUGCAUAUGGAAUUGAUGUUGACUGAUCUGUUCGAAUGGGCGGAACAAGCCGACAGCCUUGCCAUGAAGGGACCCAUCGCUGAGGAUAUCGGCAACCAAUUGAUGCUGGAGUACGUCAAGAUCAAAGAGUACUCCACCAGGUGGUCUGCUGCCUUCACAUUGCUUGUGAGCGAGUUCGAGAGCUCUAGCCCUGGAUCGACGUCGUCUGAAGAAACAACACCAGUUCCUAGACCUCCGCCGCCGACAGCACUGCUGCUCAAGUUGUAUCAAGCGCUGCUGACAGCAUUUCUCCGCCGAAUCGAAGUGGCCGACGAGAAGGUUCUCAAGGAAUACACUUCUGACUUCUGGCUCGCCCUCGACCUUGCGGAAGACUUUAUCCAGCAAACGUCCCAGCUCGUCACUUCUCCAGUCACGCCUGCCGAUAGUACCAGCAGUGCACAGCCCAAGCCUGCUCGGGUGGUUCGUCCCACUUUCUCGCUUGCCAUGGGAGUCGUUCCCACGCUUUUCCUCAUCGCGACUCGGGGUGGAGAUAUGGCCGUGCGAAACAGGGCUAUUCAACUUCUCAAGACCUGUUACCGUCGCGAAGGCUUCUGGGACUCGCGAAUCGCGGCCAGCCUAGCCGAGAGAAUUUUUGACAUCCAGAAGCUCAUCAUAGAAAAGUAUGGUGAGGACGCACCGGUCGUGUUGCAGUUACUGGAUAUAGCUUUUAUGCCUGGCAGGAGAUGUGUCUUCAAAUAUAGGUUAGAGGGUCCUCAUGCGCCGACGGAAGAAGGCAAUACACCGCAAGCGUUGUGGGCAGGCCAUGCUUCUGCACUUGAUAAUGGGAAGGAGUAUUAUGAGCAACUUAAAUGGGAAGGUUGAUGUCAAUUUCCGUUGCAUAUGGCGUGUACGCAUCUAGCGAUGGUGUUGGACAAAUGGAUCAUUCAGUGGAAAAGCUCAGAGUUGGAGAACAUUGGAUCAGAAAUUAAUGCUCCGGGAUGAUGGAAGAGUAUUGUAAUUUCAUUGGCACACUCUGCCAUACAAACGCCAUGAGUUCGAAGACCUUUCCAGCACUUGGUUCAAGGAACUUCUCUGGUCUUGCCGCUGGUAUUAUCUGUUUUCAGAUUUCCUCGCCUCGAUGCCCCCUAUUGGAG